UCACGGAUCGUGCAGGCAUCCCGGAUCGUGUACCGACAGACACUACUCUAUCUAUUCCAUGAUGCAACGGGAGCUGAGCAACGGUCAAAUUUCAAAGCGGGUGUCCGGUUUUAAAUGUAAGUACAGAUUAAUGAAUUUAUCGUGAAUAAAUUAUGUUUGUACCGACGCCUGGAUACAGGUUGAUGUUAACACGUCAUAGGUCAAAGAGCAUACGGGUCACAUGACAAUAAAACAUGGGGAUGCAGUACGUCCGAAAUCUAUUCAUACUACCCCCACACAUACUAUAGAGAACGUACUGUUUUAACGGUCGAUAGGUAAAUUCAGAUGUGGAACGUAUUAUUUAUAACACCUGAUCUGUGCAGCAGGUACCCUGGACUUUGAUCAAGUUAACAGGCAAGUGUUUGUCUUUUUAUUGUUUCAAAAAACCUGUUGGGUAAGUUUGUGUCUCUUGUUGUGUUGUGAAAUAGUGUUGUUUUAUCUGCACAGUCAGUUUUAUUUUAUUCUUUAAAUACAUUGCUUACCGAUAUAUUUACUGUCAAUACUUGAUCUCUUUGUAGGAGUGUUUUAACAGUGUCCAGAGCAUCCUCAUGACAGACCCUCAGCCAUCUGUACUUCUCAGCACCGGGACCCGGAUGCCUCUGUUGGGACUGGGGACAUUUCGUUUGCAAGGUCAAGAGGACACCUACAAUGCUUUAGAUGCUGCUUUGGCAGCAGGUUACCGUGCUUUUGACACGGCUGCAGUGUACCGUAAUGAGGCACAUGUGGGUCAUGCCCUCCGUUGUCUGCUGCCCAAGCACGGCCUAUCACGAGAGGAUGUUUUUAUAACCAGUAAACUAGGUCCCAAGGAUCAGGGCUCGAAAGCCAGGGAUGGCUGCCUGAGGAGCUUGGAGCAGUUGGAACUAGGCUACAUUGAUCUAUAUCUUAUUCAUUGGCCGGGUACACAGGGGCUGCCAGUGGGGGAUAAACGUAACCCUGAAAACCGUGCUCAGAGCUGGGCCGUUUUGGAGGAGUUUUACGCAGAAGGAAAGUUUCGGGCCAUUGGGGUCUCUAACUAUACUGUAGAUCACAUAAAAGAGCUUCUGAGGAACUGUAAAGUGCCUCCAGCUGUUCUCCAGGUUGAGUUCCAUCCAAAGCUUUCGCAAAAGGAGCUGAGGGCAGUCUGUAAGGAAACAGGGGUGUGUUUUCAAGCCUACUCCUCUCUUGGAACAGGGCUUCUUCUGUCAGAUGCUGUUGUUCAGGAUGUAGCAAAAGAGUGUGGCAGGACAUCAGCCCAGGUGUUGCUGAGGUGGGCUGUGCAACAGGACAUUCCAGUGCUUCCAAAAUCAUGUCAGCCUGAACGUGUGAAGGAGAACGGUUGUCUUUUUGACUUUGAGCUUAGUGGAAAAGACAUGGAAAGGAUCUCUGCUCUUGAUUGUGGAGAAAAGAUCUGCUGGGAUCCAACACAAGUGUCCUGACAGAGAGAUUUAUGUGAUGAGAACUCGGGUCACCAAGUUCAACAUAAAAAUUCCAAGAUUGUUUAACUGUUAUUGUGAUAAGUGCCACGACACAAAUUUAAGUUCCCUAACACAUACUAUAUACACUGAUUUUGAUUGUUAGUUUACAGACUCUUGCUUUACAAAUGUAACUAUAGGACAGAAGUUCACACAAUACAAGUAUAUUAGCCCGACUUAUGUUUUAGUUGGCAAACUCAGUAAUGCUGUAUAGAUUUUAGAUUAGAUUUAGUGCAGGGUGCAGCCUAUGUUUACAAUUCCUAAUGCAAAACAAACAAAAUGUAC